ACAAGAGGCAGAAGCAGGAGAGGGAAUGGAGCAGAGUGGGGGUGGGGCAGCAUUUUCUGGAGAGAGAUAGUUACUCAGUACUGAUCUGGGCACCCUGCCAUUACUAGAGCUCAGGGAAGUUUGUGGGGUGAUGGCAGUGUGAGAAUUGGGGGGCUGCACUCAGAGGCACAGAUGGAGUCUCUCAGGUCCCUCAGUAACAUCAGUGCCCUCCAUGAACUUAUCUGUCGCUAUAGCAACCUCUCUGGCACCCUGGCAUGGAACCUCUCCAGCACCAAUGGCACCCACAACCUCACAACUGCCAACUGGCCCCCCUGGAACCUCAACUGCACCCCCAUAUUGGAUCGCAAGAAGCCCAGUCCCUCAGACCUGAACCUGUGGGUGCGGAUCGUGAUGUACAGCGUCAUCUUCCUGCUGAGCGUUUUCGGCAACACCCUGAUCAUUAUUGUGUUAGUGAUGAACAAACGUCUCCGCACCAUCACCAACUCCUUCCUCCUGUCUCUGGCCCUCAGUGACCUCAUGGUGGCCGUACUCUGCAUGCCCUUCACCCUCAUCCCCAACCUUAUGGAGAACUUCAUCUUCGGGGAGGUCAUAUGCAGGACUGCCGCCUACUUCAUGGGCCUUUCUGUCAGCGUCUCCACAUUUAACCUUGUGGCCAUUUCCAUUGAGCGCUACAGUGCCAUCUGUAACCCACUGAAAUCCCGGGUCUGGCAGACUCGAUCCCACGCCUAUCGGGUGAUUGCCGCUACCUGGGUCCUGUCCAGCAUUAUAAUGAUCCCGUAUCUGGUCUACAACAAGACCGUAACGUUUCCCAUGAAGGACCGGAGAGUCGGCCACCAGUGUCGCCUGGUGUGGCCCAGUAAACAGGUGCAGCAGGCAUGGUAUAUCCUCCUCCUUACCAUCCUCUUCUUCAUACCCGGGGUGGUGAUGAUCGUGGCCUAUGGACUCAUUUCACGUGAGCUGUACAGGGGCAUUCAGUUUGAGAUGGACCUCAACAAAGAAGCCAAAGCUCACAAAAAUGGAGUCCCCACUCCAACCACUAUUCCGAGCGGUGAUGAGGGAGACGGCUGUUACAUUCAGGUCACCAAGAGGCGCAUGACCAUGGAGAUGUCCACAUUGACCCCGAGUGCCUGCACCCAGAUGGAUCGAGCACGGAUCAACAACUCAGAAGCCAAACUCAUGGCUAAGAAACGUGUGAUUCGAAUGCUAAUUGUCAUCGUGGCCAUGUUCUUCAUAUGUUGGAUGCCCAUUUUUGUAGCCAACACUUGGAAGGCCUUUGAUGAGUUAUCUGCUUUCAAUGCCCUGACGGGAGCACCCAUCUCUUUCAUCCACCUCCUGAGUUACACAUCAGCUUGUGUCAACCCUCUCAUCUACUGCUUCAUGAACAAGCGUUUCCGCAAGGCCUUUCUGGGCACGUUUGCCAGCUGUAUCAAGCCGUGCCGCAAUUUCCGCGACACAGAGGAGGAUAUAGCGGCCACAGGAGCGUCUCUCUCUAAAUUCAGUUAUACUACAGUUAGCAGCUUGGGUCCCGCCUGAAUACUGCUUGAAAUAAAUUAGAUGAGAUGCAGUUGGACUUUCAUGACUUUAAUGACUUACUUUUAAUGUUCACCCUGUUCCUCGUGGUUGUGGUUUUCAUAUACAUACAAUACUUCAGGGGUGCUGGAGCCCACAGAUCAUGAUUAACUUCUAUAUUUAUGUCCUCCUCUGUUCUGAGGAACUCUAAGGGGGGGACUAAAAUUGUGUUACAUCCUCAAACAUUCCUGAGGAACCAUAAAUGUUGAGUAUUCACAGUUACAUUGUCCCACAGUCCUGAGAAUUAGAAAGCUACAAAUGUGUUCUCCAUUCUUACACCAAGUCUGAAGGAAGAAGGUUCUACACCAUGGCUACAUGAUCAAGCAGUGCUGAGGAACUGAAAACUGUUUGUUCUCCAAAGUUACAUCCCCAUAGAACUAUGGGAACCAAUAAACUACUGUAUGUGGGUUCUUUAGAAUGCUGUCACACCGUUCUCCAUGUUUGGGAGGUACUCUAAGCUGUAUGUCUCCUCCCUGAAUAUAUUCAAUUCUGGGGAAUCCUGAGCUGCUAUGUGUAUUCCUUGUGCACGAAUCCUAAAACAAAGUGAGGGAACAUGCACCCCUCCAUGAGUCAAUAUCAGCACCAUCCUCAAGCAAUUCUAAGGGUAUUCAUCAUCUUACAUAUACUCCUAAAGGAACCUUGGGCUCUCAGUACAGGAACCUCAAAUCCAUGUCCAAUGUUUGGUUGGACAAUUUCAUGUUCUAAUAUCAUUUCAGUUUAAACUGAAAAAAAAACACCCCCAGGCAAUUAAAAUUAUUUCCAGGUAUUUCUGACAAAUUUCAGUGCUUUACGGAGGUUAUUCAUAUCACACGCUUGGAGCUUGCAGUCUAAGUCCUGUAUCAGUUGUCAAUGAACCUGCCUGUAUGUAUUUGGAGCAUGGAAGGAACCAUUCACACAGACAUGGGGAGAGCAAAUACCUCCUUGUACAUAGUGCGAAUGCUGGAAUUGAACUCAGGACCCCAGCGCUGCAUUUGACAAGUGCUACUCACUGAGCCAAUGUAAUAACCUAUAAGCAUGUUGCAUUCAUAGGACUCUAUACUUCUACUCCAUGCAUUUGUACCUGCAUUUGUUGUCCAUGGCCCAUGCAUAUCAUUGCUUGUCUCUUUGUCUGGAUACUUCUCGUAUUAUUUGCACCCAUGUGAAUCAUUUCAGCAGAUGCAGAGAUUCCUAAUGCAGACAGUGAAUAAAUAAUACAGGUUGGCUUUC